CCACCUCAGCAUACGCUGGCAGUGUUGUCGACGACGAUAUGGAGGCGAUGAAGAGAGUUUUCGUUGUUUUACCUGUGAUUUUAUCUUACCUGUGCACAAUUAGUGCACUCCACACAAGAGGAGCUGUUCCUCUUGAUUCUUUUACUUUCGAUAAGGUGAUUACAAGGUUUCCUUAUACCUUUGUGAGGUUUGACACUACUUAUCCGCACGGCGAUGAACACGAGGAAUUUAAAAAAGUCGUCGAACAGGCGAAGUCGAACGAGGGACUUCUCGUCGCAGAAGUUGGAAUUGCAGAUUAUGGCGAGAAGGAAAACUCGGACCUUGGAGAUCGCUACAAAGUGAACCAAGACGAUUUUCCUGUCUACAUGCUAUUUAACAAGGAUGACCCUGAUGCACCGAUCCGACACAAAGGCCAUUACAAUGCUGACGCCUUGAAAAAGUUCAUCAGGGAAAAUACAGGACUAUUUCUUGGGCUACACGGAUGCAUGAAAGCUUACGACGACAUCGCAAUGGAAUUCAUGCCAGCCGACGCAAAACUCAGGGAGCAGUUGAUCGAAAAGGCGGAAGCAAAGGGAGAAACCCUGGAAAAUGCGGGAGACAAGAAAUCGGCCGAAAUCUACGUUAAAUACAUGAAGAAGAUGGCGGACAAGUUUGGAGGCGAUGCAGAGGAUUUUGUCGCCAAGGAGACGAAAAGAGUCGAGCGGCUCAGGGACGACGAUCAUACAGCUGCGAAGAAGAAGGUGCAGCUCAACGCGCAGUCCAACAUCCUGCACUCUUUCAGCUUCGCGGCUGCACAGAAGGAUGAGUUGUGAUUGGAGAGAAGGCAAUAGAUGGCGACAUGUGACCCUGGCAGCAUAAGCUUGGUGGCAGGGUUCUGCUACAAACAGACAUGGGGGCGUCUAGUAGGUCUGUGAGGAUAUUGGCAGGUUAAGCGUACAUCAGCGUUUAAUGAGCUUGCAUUCCGAAAUUGUGGUUGUUGUUUUGUGAGCGCAGAGUAAUGCGCUAAUACACAGCAAUUUCCGAUUGGGUUUAUUAAAUGCCUCCUGUGUUUGUUCAGAAUUAACAUGUAACGCUUAGCAAUUGCUAUUAACUACUUACACCCUCACUGAUUGGUUGUCGUAAAACGUAUUUUAAAUUGCAGUCACAUGAGAUUUGUUGUUUUUCGUGUGAUGUCUUGUGCUGAAUAAAAUAUGUGCCCAUCCAGUUACUGUCAGCUAGUGAAUAUUGUCAAAGCAAAACGUUUGUGUUUAGCAAUGGUGUCGUUGAAUUGUUUAGAUGUCAGAGUUGUUACAUGUCGCUUAAAAGUUCAAGUUUGAUGAAUUUCACAGGUCAGUCUCACAUUCCUAAUUUAUAAGACGUCUUUUUGUCAACUGUGCUUUUGUAUAAGCAUUUAUACUUUUACAAUCAUGUAUAACGUGAUACCUGUAUUAACUUGCUGUUGGUGCACAUGGUAGUAUGCAAUAUUUACACAUAUGUAGUACAUGUAUGUAUGUGGAAACUUUUGGCAAAGUUGUGACCAUCCAACACGUUUGUGUUUUUGGAGUCUAUUUAUAUGAUUGGCCAUUUGUUAGUUCAUUGUGUAGCUCUCUAUUCGUAUUUGAAAUCAGAGUUGACAAAACUAGUUUAUUGAACUUAAAAUGUAAUCCUGCUGUAGAUCUCUGAUUCAGAAAUCUGUUGUGUAUCCAUGUGUUUAUUCAGCUUAUUUAUUUUUAAGAAUCCGACUGUUAAAGGUGAUAGAAUAUUAAUCCAUAUCAGAUAUCAGUUAACACUGCUACUGCUGUCCAGCAUGGUUAUUCCUUGGCCCUUACUUUUAUUUCAAGACAUACUGGAAGAAGCAUAAAAUAGCAUCACGUGAAAAAAGGUUACAGUGAAUAAUAUUUAUAUGGAAGUUCAUUUAAAUUGGUAAUAUUAAUAAAUAUUCUUCUACCAA